UAAUGAAAAGAACAAUGCCUGGGGUAAAAUUAAACGGCCAAUCCCGUUUAAAAAAUCUUUACAAACAAAACAUCGUACUUUACCUCAGGGGUUUUAUAUCCUAAAUCUAAUUGACACACAUCGUUGGUUAUGACAAUUUCAUGCUCUGAAAAUUAGGAAAUGUAUUAUUGACACACAUGGGUCCCCAUGUAAAUUAAGUGUGGGACAAUCGAUGCAGGAAUUUAUUCAGUUCCAAUAUAAUUGAUGGAAAUGCUUUUUAUCAGUUUGGUAUUAUUGUUAGUAGCAGUUGAAGCUCAAUAUUGCCCAAGUUCGUGGGAUAAAGUCUACAGAUCAUAUAGUCGGUUUGGAAUAUGUGUAAAACGUCUACCGAGAGUCGUCACUUGGCAGGAAGGAGAACAAAUGUGUAAAGAUGUGAUUGGUACACCCUUGGCAUGGAAUGAAAGUUUAUUAUAUGAACCACAAUCCCAGGGAACAUUUACAUUUACAGAGAAAGAGAUUUGGAGUUCAUUGGUACUGAAAAACAUGAAGUUAUUUCAUAGUGGAGCACCUAUGACAUCCAUUGGACUGUCCCCUUUUAACACUCCUAACUCACAGUCAGUAGACAUACAGUGGGAUGCUGACCAACCAACUUUGAACUCGGGAGAAUGUGUCAGUAUCAAUUCGAACAAAACUGCACGCUUUAGUUCCUGUAGUGAGCAAAAGUUCAUGUACUGUCAAAGAUACCAAGUCAAGCCAACAGUUAGUCAAAUAUCAAGAUUCUGUCCUGAUGGCUUCAUUGGAAAUUUAUAUUGGGAGUCGUGUUACAAAUUUAUGAACGAACCUUCAACCUUCUUCAAGGCAAAGGCGAAUUGCGAGUCAAGAGGAGCAACACUAGUGAAUGUACCUGAGAGCAUUCUAAUAAACAAGACUUCAUCAGAUUACCAUUUCCUAGUAGCUGCAGAAGAGUACUAUUACAAUAUCUUUUUUAGUAAUACCGAAAUUAAUUGGAUGAACUUUUGGUAUAAAGAUCCGUUGGCAGACUCAAACACUUGUGAUAAAAUCGCUUAUACUGACGGAGGCACAUUUAGCUCAACUGAAGACUGCAAUACGAAAUUGCCGUACAUGUGUGAAAUGAAAGGAAAUGUUGAAACAGACAAGCAGAUGUUCAUAGGUAUAAGUGUGAUACCCUGGAGUUCUGACAGAAUCAUGCACACGUUAUGUAAUCUUUCAAGACCAUUAUUACCAGGAGAGAAUAUAUAUAUUUCCAUUAAUUAUAUACCCAUUUCUAGAGAUCGCAUAAUUGCGCUGGACGAUACAGGAUUACAAUAUUUAGGCGACCUCUCCUCUUUUUACCAAUCCGUGGUUCGAAAUGGAAUUCAUCUAUGUGAAGUCACAGGAUUGCAUAACAAACAAAAAUGGUCGGCAGAAUUUUUGUAUCAGGAACCAGUGACAAAGUCAAUUUGGUUUAUGGGAUCAAUAGACUAUUCACCAUCCAUGCCACCAACUGAAAUUGUUAAGUAUAAUUUAGCAACAGAACCUGAGCUUCGACAACAAAAGGAAUUAACCUCACCUACUGACUAUUUAAAUCAAGAGUGGAUCAAUAUAGUACUGUCUUUGGGAGAAAGCUCAACAGGGUACUAUAGUACAAGGGUUGUUGGGUUCAGUGACAGUGGAAAUUCGAUGAAUUUUGAGAUCAUGCUUCGACUUUUAAAACCGUAUUCGAUGGCUUUGGAACAAGUUAUUAUUUUCGAUCUAAAAGAGAGAAUCGUGCAAUAUUUCCAGCUAACAAGACGUCGUAGAGAAGUCUCAAAUUUUGGUUUUGUUCCAUCUUCUUUGAUUAUUCAGAGCACACAAAUUUGCGGUGGAAAGGUAUUUAUACCUGAUUUGGGCACUACAGUAGAAUUUCUACCAGUUAAGUUUGGAUUAAUAGCUAUAUCUUCAGAAAUUUGCAUAACAGAUAAGCAACCCCUUGCUACAUACAGAUGUGUUGGUGGUAUUGGAAUUACUACAAAAUUUGUUGAUAUACAAGUCAACCAAAAAUGUUUAUUUGGAGAUCUUUCCACGUCUGCAGUUACAGAUACUCUCAGGAAUUUGACUGAGGGUAAUAUUGAUGAAAACACCGUAAACAAAGUUCUAGAAACUGUAAAGAAUUUGACAUCUGACCCAACUCCACUUACAAGUAUUGAUAUCAUAAACACUGCUGAGAUAUUAGUGAAGGCAUCUAAUGUUUCAAAUUUGAAUGAAAAGGCUUUGACAGACAUCAUUGAUAUAAUCAAUAGUGUUUUAAGUGUCGAACCAGAAACAAUUAAACUUGCGCAAGAAGAUGGCAGUGCAACAAACAGAAUAUUAGAAGUUAUCGACACCAUUCCCCGUUUUCUUGAUUUACAAGGACAGCCUGGAAUUAGAUGGGUGAGGGACAAUAUUAUGAUGGAGGUGUACGAUAUAUCUGCACUAUCUUCUACAGUCGUUGGUAUACAAAUCGAGGGAGGAGGUUCGAAAGUACCAUUGACCAACAGUACCAUACAGAACUUGAUAAACGGAUCAAAUAUCAACUUAGAAACAGUUGACGCUGCUAUUAUUCUCCCAGUUGAAUUAAUCAAUAAAUUUCCAAAUGCCACAAGAAUAUCUUUCAAUGUAUACAGAAAUUGGAAUUUGUUUUCUGUACGAUCAGAUGUCCGACAGUACCUACCAAACAGCAGAGUUAUUGCAUCAAGUAUUUUUAUAGAUGGACUUCCUGUUCGUUCUCUCGGUGAAUACGAAGUUCAGACUCUGUUUUAUCCGACUGCGGACGUCGAAUCUUCCAUAUGUGGAUAUUGGAACUACGACCUCUAUGAUACAUCUGGUGGAUGGGCCACCGACGGUUGUCAGUUGAAUAAAACAGAAUAUGGACGAUAUGUUUGUGUUUGUGAUCAUUUGACAAAUUUUGCAGUGAUUGUGAAUAUUGGUGGCCAAGAUAAUUUAGUGGAAUCUCUAGCCAUGGACAUUAUAUCUUGGAUUGGCCUGAUACUUUCCAUAAUUGGAUUAUCGCUUACUAUAGUUUCAUUCAUUGUUUUUAAACACCUUCGUAAAGGCAGAGCACAACAAACUCUUUUCAACCUUGCUUUAUCAUUGCUCAGUUUUUUGAUAAUAUUUAUAGUUGGAAUUGGACAAACGCAAGACUUAAAAGGGUGUAUAGCAGUUGCUGUGUUGCUUCAUUAUUUCAUUCUUGUUGCAUUUAUGUGGAUGUUGAUGGAAGGGAUCCUCCAAUAUUUGAGAUUUGUUAAGGUUCUUGGAACCUAUAUUCCAAACUUUAUUCUUAAAACAGCUGUUCCUGCAUGGGGGAUUCCUUUGAUACCUGUGAUCAUAGUUUUAGCUUAUGAUCAUGAAUUAUAUAUUGGUGGAAACAAGGCGUGUUGGAUGUCACUUUCUGCAUUCUAUUAUGCAUUUGUAAUACCAGUUGGAAUUAUAAUUUUGGCCAAUAUUAUUAUCUUCAUUAUGAUUCUGAAAAACCUAUGGGGUCGACCAAAAGGACUUCAGUCAAACCAGUCAGAGAAAAAGAGAGCAAUGAUGAAUCUUCGUGCCUCAUUGACAGUACUAGUUCUUAUAGGAUUAACAUGGAUUUUUGGAUUUUUUACAAUAGAGAAAGCAAGCAUAGUCUUCCAGUACAUUUUUACUAUUUUGAAUGUCUUUCAAGGAUUUAUUAUUUUCAUUCUUUUCACUGCAAGAGAAAAGAGAGUUCGUCAAAAUUGGCAGAAACUUUGUUGUAAACGAACAACAAAAGAAAAAUAUUUGCAGAGCGACACUAAUACUGACGGCAAUAGAAGCAAAGAUCGAAUCUUAACAAGCAGUACAAAUGACGAUACAAAGUCUAGUGGGGAAGAUCAAAAUACUAGUAGUUGUAUUUAAUAGUAUAAACGAACUGGCA